UAAAAUGUCAGCUGUGUUUCGAACAAAAUAGACGUAUUUUUGCGUAAAAAUAUUAAUUUAAUGCUAAUAUUCGUGAUUAUAGAAUAUGGGAGCCUUAACAAGUAGGCAAAAUGCUGGAGUUGAAGAAGCAGAUGUAGUGUCUAAUCAUGCGUACAAAUAUCCUCCUCGAUCAGAUGAUGCAGGUAAUUACUUUGGGAGCCACUUUAUUAUGGGUGGCGAAAGAUUUGACACACCACAGCCUGAAGCCUAUUUAUUUGGAGAAAAUGCUGACUUGAAUUUCCUUGGCAGUAGACCCACACCUUUCCCCUACCCUCCACCACAGUCCAAUGAACCGACAAAAACAUUGAAAAGUUUAGUUAACAUACGUAAAGAGUCUUUGCGUUUUGUGCGUUGUCCGGAACCAGUUGGCAAGUUGGCAGAGAAUAAGAUCGGGGAUGGCUUGAACAAGUCUGUAGAUAAUAAUGGCAAGGGGACAUACUACAAUAUUGAGUUUACAUUUGAUUGUGAUGCCAGAUGUGCCAUUACUAUCUUCUAUUUCUGUACUGAAGAAGUCACUCCUACUGGUGUUGUGUACUACCCACGCGACCCCGCAAUGAGUUCUCAGACAUACCACUAUAAAAAGGGUGCCAACCAGCAGUUCUGUCAGAUAUCUCAUGUGUUUGACCCAUCGAAGCACCCUGAGGAAGACUUGGUAUACAAUGCGGACAGAGAGAUCAUACCUAUUGCUAUUUACUGUGUGGUUGAUGAGGGACAGGAAGAAAUAAGACAAUCGCACACGACCAUCGCGGUAGUGGAGAAGCACUCGGACGGUACGUACGUGCUGAAGGCGUUGAAACAGAAGCUGUUCGUGGACGGUCUGUGCUACCUACUGCAGGAGAUAUACGGCAUCGAGAACAAGAGCCUCGACACUAAGCCAAGUUCCGACGAGGAGACAGAAGACGGCGGCUCCGAGUGUGUGAUCUGUAUGUGCGACGUGCGCGACACUCUGAUCCUGCCGUGUCGCCACCUGUGUCUGUGCAACUCGUGCGCGGACUCGCUGCGCUACCAGGCCAACAACUGCCCGAUAUGUCGCGCGCCAUUCCGCGCGCUGCUGCAGAUACGCGCGCUGCAACGACGCCCGGAUAAUGCACCCGCUGCACCCGCUGCAGCGCCCGAUGGUAGCACAGAGAACAUCCCAGCAGGCUACGAGCCAGUGUCCCUGCUGGAGGCGCUGAACGGUCCGCACCCGGCGCGCGCGCUGCCCGCGCCGCGCCCCGCGCCCGCCAUCGCCAGCCCAGACACCGACACCGCCUCGCAGGCAGCUGAGAUAUUGAACCGUUGCAACUUGGAGCGCAGUUCAUCCACCAGCCUGGGCAGUAGUGGCAGUAGGAAGGCUAAGAGUGGCUCCAAGGAUGAUGUCAAGAGUGUCCGAGACAGGUCCGCUGCACAAACUGUCACUCCUGAGUUCCGUAUGUCAGUGCUACUGGCGCGCGAAGAAGAAGCCAAGCGCGCCGAGGAGAAGGCGGCCGCAGCCAACAGCCCGCUACUCUACAAUCAUAAGAUCGUCAAUGGAGAUAAGAUCUCUAAGUCGUCGUUAAGCCUGGAGUACCCGGGCGACAUGGAGUCUGUACAAGAGGCGUCGGGUUCUGACGACGAGGCCCGCGCCGCGCCGGAGCCCGACAGUGACGCCGAGCGACUCUCGCCACUACUCACACAUCCUACUGCUAAUGGGACGGUGGCGAGUGUCGGGUCCCCGGGCGGCGACGCGCUGCGCCUGGCCGCGCCCGCGCUGGCCCACAUCGACGACACCGACACCGACGAACCAGACCACAAGCACAACUCGAGCGGAACACAGUCUCGUAACGAUGCGGAGUCGCCGGCAGUGGCCGAGGACUCUGAUUAUUUCACGCCGGAAGACACCAACACGACCAUUCUGACCGUUCCUAAGACGAACAAACUUGCCGAGCCAACUAACAAUGGAGAUUGUACUCCUCAGCGUUGGGCCCUGCCACAUCACGUCACAUCACUACCUGAUAUAGGAACACCUCUGAGUCAGUCUAGCGUGCGUUCAUCGGGCGACUCGUACAGUUCGACGUCGUCGACUCGUCAGCUCCUGGCGCCAGUGGCGGGGUCCCCGCUGGCGACCGACACCGCCUGCUAGCGGCCGACGCGUCGCAAGUCUCUCCCGUACCGCCCCGCACAGCUCUACAACCACGUAGAAUACACUCUACCACCUUACUGAGAUCUACUGUACAUUAGGGAUGUUAGGGGCUCUGUAAUUUUUUAUUGGAAGUCUUGUACUUGCCCUUGAUAUAAUUUGAUCACUAUUUUGUUUACGACUAUCAUGAUUUAUUCUAUAUUUAACUAAUACUUACAAUUGUAUAUUUAAUAAAUAUACGAGCAUGCUCGAAUAGUUUCGUGCCACAUCGGGGCCCACUAACAAGAAUUUCGUGCGUGAACUGUUCGGCGGACGUCACGUCCAUCUGGUAAACUUUUAUGCAGGUAAAUGAAAUUAACUUAGAUUCAGACUACCUCCUUCUCGACAUCCCUACUGUACUCUAUGAUUAGCUAGUGCGUAAUGUUACCACAUAAAAAAAUGUGUUUGUAGCUCACUGUAACAUAACGGGUGCACGGUCCCGCGACCCUUCAUACAUUACGUACGAAAGAUAUGUACGACACUAUCCGUAAAAAUAAGACAAAUAAACUUUGUAAUAUUAUAAUGGGUUUAAUGUUUUUGCAGCUAUAUUAAAUUUAAUCAUAAGUAUAGAUUGAUCAUCGCAUGACAUGUAAAAAAUAGGUUACCCAAGCUUCUAGUAUAGGAACACUAAUGGUGCAAGAUUUCUAUCUUAUAUUAGUAUUAAUAAAAAAUUGAUAUUGAUGUAUAAAUGGUAAAUUGUAUAAAAAAUUAUAAUAUAUUUAUUCAGUAUGAAAUAUCAGUGCCAAAUAAGGUACGAGACAUUAUAAAUUAUGCAUUAGUAAGGCUGAAAUUCUGUUUACUCAAAAGCAAGUAAUGUGGUUUCAUAAAUAUAAAUACAUGUGGGGUGCAUUUAGAUCAUUUGUUUUGUAUAUAUUUGCACUAA